UGGAAGCAUGUUGACAACUUUUGUGUACGGAAUUGUGCAAGCCGGAGGGGUUAAAAAAGUUUACGACGUUAGCAAGCGGUUUGGAAGGCUAGACUUUUUCAACUUCAAUCCAGAUCCAUUCCAACGACACAGUUUCUGGCUCCUCGUGUCAAACACAGCAUUCCAAUGGCUAUUUGUGUACGGAGCUGCACAAGGUUCUUUCCAGCGGUACGUUAGCAUGCCGACGUUCAGGAAAGCGCAGCUGGCUCUUGGGCUCAACGUUCCCAUUUUGCUGCUCAUGGCUCUGAUUUCCAAUCUGACUGGCUUAAUUCUCUUCGCAAAUUAUGCGACUUGCGACCCGAUUUUGACAGGCGAUAUAGAAAAGAUUGACGAAAUAUUGCCCUUCUUUUUGGACGACAAAAUGGGGCAUAUCAACGGGAUUGCAGGGCUUUUCUUCGCCAGUUUGUUUGCUGGUGGUCUCAGGUAUUCGGACGUC